AUGAACGACCCGUGGGACGUGAAGUGCGUGCGACAGGCCGGCCAGUACGUGUCCUGCAUGAAACUGAACGGGGUGCCGCUCCUUCCGCCCGUGUUAUCAAAGGAGUGCCGCAAAGAAAUGCAAUACUACAAGCUCCUUGCCAAAGAAGUGGAAAAGCGUAUAUCAAUACUUCAGCCUUACGUAAUUGAUACAGACUCUGAGUCUGAAGAUAAUACUGAUGCUCCUGAACUACCUGAAUGUGAACAAAGCUUUGAACUACCCCAAGAAGAAGUAAAAGCUGGAUUCAAUGUUAGCAUAGAGAAAAUUACUGCAAUCACUUCUAAAAAUAUAGAUAAAGCUUUAUCACCAAUACCUUGUAACAAUGUGACCAAGAUAGGUGGGGCUUCAAUAGAAACAUCAAAUUCCAAUUCCCCCAAACUCAUUAUAGAUCUCAAUUUCAAUAUCAAUGAAAAUGGGAAAAAUGUUCUUGAGACUGUGAAAGAUCCACCACACUCACCUCCCCUAAUUGAUCUCCCCGAAAGAGACUAUAACUGCACAAGAAGAAUUACUCAAAAAGUCAUAACAGAACAAGAAGUAAUUACUGAGGUAGGAACACAAAGAAACAAUAAACAACAAAAGUCUAUGGUUGAGGAGGUGGCUAAGUUCAACUUUAAUAUAAAUAAAGAUGCUUUAACUGAUCCUUUUAGUGAUUUGACAAUAUCUCAAGAUGGCCCAUCUUCUCUCAGUUCCAAAAGUUUUACAGGAUCCUUAAACGAUUUGCAUAGGGAAAGCAUUAAGGACCCGUCUCCGAAAUUAGUCCGCCAACAUUCUUACACUCUUUUGCAUCCAAGUCCUCAGCUCUUAGCCCAUCUAGAGGUGCAAUCGAUGAAUACAGGUAUUGAGAUGACCUCUAUAUCAAUGAGCGAAUCUGUUUCCAACUUAAACUCUCCAAACAAGAAGCGUAGGAGUUGGGACCUGGAGUCUGCUAAAGUGAAAUGGUCGUCGAUGGCGCUGGAACUGAAGCAGACUAAUGUCGUACAUAAUCUUAAUAGAAAUGCAUCUAACAAAACCAUCGUAAAACAAACCAUUAAAAAAUCUCCUCAGCGCUCACCACCGUCACGGGCAAAGACGCUUAGUCCAGAAAAAAGACGUAACGUUCCCUCAAAAGCAAUGAAAUGUAAUAAUAAACCCAAUUCAGAUAAUUUGCCCAAGCCUUUGUUGAAAUCCAGCAGUCCCGUUAGAAAUAGUGCGACUUUUGUGAAAGAACCAGGUUCACCUAAAUUAAAUGCAAUUCUAGACUUCGAUAAGACACAAUCCCAAGCUUCCACACCUCCUUCACUAGAAGAUUCCGAUGACCCGGCAGUGCGUGUUAGGGAACUCUACGAAAAGAUACAAAAUCAACAAUUAUUACAAAUGGCGAAUUUAGUGGAAAAGCAGAAAAAGGAACAGCUACUGCUUCAACAAGUUUUUGAAGAACAGAACAAUUUACUUUUUAAACAACUGAAGACCAUAGUCCCGAAGUCUCCUAUAGAGGCAAAAGAGGCUUGGAGCGACAAACAUGUCCUAGGUGACAGAGGCCCGGUCAGUCUAAGUCAGCUCAUCAAUUACAAGUCACCUGAACCUAGUCUCAGUAGUCCCGUUACUUCCACGUUAACAGAAACCAACCAUUACAUAAACCAUUGCGAUAAUGUGCUGAAGAAAAGCAGAAAUAUUACGGGAAGUAUCAAGAAGCAACCGAUCAAAUCUCUUAGCCAGAAUGGCAGCAAGAUUAUGUCUCCGAAGCCACAACCAGACAGUAGAAAUCGAACUAACUCCCCGACUCAGAGACAUACCCCUACAUCCCGUAAAUUGAACUAUGACACGAGUGUGUCAUCGGACCGAGACUAUGAGCCGAUGUUAACCGAUCGAACGAACGACACGAUGGCAGACUUGAACGUUACCUUCCCUUCCGAUAACGAUGACUUUACUUACCACAGCACUAAUGUGUUGAACCAAGUUAAAGUUAGCCAUGGACCUUCACUGACUUCUACAGCAAAUUCAAACAGAGCCACCGAUAAUGCCAUCCGAAACAUGGAGAGAACCAUAUACAACUCAAUGAACAGCACCAACAAGCGUAUGUCGAAGGGUAAAUUUGACAUCCAGGGAACACCAGAACAGCAUGCAGCUGCAACCAAAAUAGUGGCCGUAGCCAAGGGUUACCUGGUCCGUCGCCUGAUGCGCACGGACCGAGUACAGUCGACCGUGCAGACCAUCAAGGAUGCUCUGCUGUGCGCCCUGCAGCUGCAUCAGGACCGCGAGGGUAUCCGGGGCGCUGACGUAGACCUCCACCGCCGACUUAUUCAGCAGAUAACAGCGGCAUGCUACUCCCUGCACGAUACCUUCGUGGCCAGUACUGCCUCUGAGCGUUGCGCAAUGAUCGCUGCAGACAGAGGGCGUCGGCGUUCUCUCGCCGCUCGGCAAGCUAGCACUUCAUUGAAACAGACGGACGUAAUGUCACAAAGCCACUCCGGAGUGUUUCCCGCGCGCACCAAGCGACCAACCGCAGUGUCGCCGAUGACGCAGUCUAACUAUGAGACUUUUAGCGAGGAGAAGCGGUCCGGAGUGUCGGUGUCCCGGCACAUGGCCAGCCCACACCGGCGCCCCUGGCGCUGA